AUUGGUUUACGCCAGUUCAAGGAUUAUCUCUUCUUGGUAGAGCUGCCUUCCAUCCAAAUUGCUUCAAGAUGCGCCUCAUUUCCCAAAAGAAGAAAGGGAUCAACUCAACUGCAUCCUUGGCAUACAAGAAUGCUAGAGUGCCAACAACGGAUUUUCCUCCCGUACUAAAGUCACAGGUUGUAAAUAAAAAAUCACCAAAUAAUACGUUUAUAUCUCCACUUUCACUUAGGAACUCAUUGCAACCAAAGAGGUGCACUGCUCCCAUACCUCAUAGAAAUCAACUUGUCAACAACGUGAUGUUUCCUACUCAAGAAGUUAGAACACAAACUAACUCAACAUUUCCAAGAUCAAAUCUUUCGACUGGUACUGCUCCUAAAAAUCAGGUUGUACGGGCCACUUCGCAUCCCAAUACUUCUUCCAUAGGUGGCCAUGAUUCCUCCCAGGACUUUGACUUUCCAACUUUGCAUCGCACAAGUUUUGUCCAUCAUAGUUCUACACUUCACACAAGUGGAGUAUCACCACAAGGCAGCACUUUUCAUGGACAAAGAGAUAACGAUGAAGCAUUAAGUGGUGAAGCCAAUGGUAAUUGAGCCAAUGGACAAAGAAAAUCUCAUCCCUCACUAAAUGUCUAGCAACAUAGAUCUAAAUGUGCAUCCCUUAAAGAAAUCAUGUAAUUGAGACAAAUUUUGAAGUGGAUCUAAAAGACAAGGAAAUGAAAGAUUAUAUCUUAAGGCUAUAUGCUGGAAGGUAUAUAGAGUUUAAGGCUGAACUGAGUAAAUAUUUCAAGUCCUGCAAAACACUUGAGAAUGCACUUGAAAACCCCCCUACAGAGAUGCAAGAUAGAAGUGCAGAUGAGUGGAUUAAACUAUGUGAUCAUUUUAGUUCCGAAAAAUUCCUGAAAUCCUCCACGGCAAACACAAGCAACUGAUCUAAGAAAAAACACAACCACCGCACUGGUUCUCGUCCCAUUGCAUACAUUGUAGAGGAAAUGGCAGCGGGCGGUUCGAAAUUUCCUGAAGUUGACACAUUUGAAUAUACCUAUUCUGGAAAAGACAAGGCUUGGACGAGUGAUGAAGCUAAGGCUCAACAUGAUGAAAUGCUAGCAAAAACAGAUGAAUAUCUCUUGGAUGUGAUAAGAGAGCAACAGCUUCCUGAGGAUACUCCCUUAGAAGAGGUGCCUGUUGAUAAUCCUGACGCUGGACUUAACAUUAUGGUAUCUGUUUUAGGUGAAAAGCCUGGGCGGCGAAUUCGUGGAUUAGGAGAUGGACGUCUUCGAGAUACCAAUCUAAAACAAAAGCGUAUGGAGGAUGAGUUAGCAGCUGAGCGUUCUGCAAGAAAAGCUGCAGAAAAUGCCCGAUUGGAAACCGAGAAAAGGUUACAAAAAAAGUUGAAGGUUAUGGGACAAAAGUUUAACUCAACAUUGGAGGCUUGGCACACUUCACUACAAAAGUCGUAUAGUAACGUUCCUGGUUUUGUUCUACCACCAUUUACGGCAUUAUCAGUUGACGUGGAUGAGGCUGAAGAUGAAUCAUAUAAUCUUGAUUAAGAUACUCAUAGCAAGGAG